AUGGAUCACUACCGAGCCGUUCCACUAAGCGAUGAUUAUCACCUCUUGUACACAGAUCCCCACACAGGGACCCUUUGUUUAGGUGCCGAUGCACAAGCUGGAUCCCCUGAUCGCUUAAUUUGCGAGGCCCGGUUUCGUCCCCCGUUUGAUUCCUCGCUACCUGUGCUGUAUACAGCCGAGUUCAACACACGACAUGACCUCCUCUGUGUUAUGGCAACGUUUUCGGUUGAUGGUGGAGACGAUUGCCUAGGUUCCCUGGAGGAGGGUUCUGGUAUCAUACCUUUAAGCCUUGAUCCAACAAAGAGUUUGGAUAUGGACAUGCAGAUGAUCGUCCUUUACACAAUACCCCUCAGUAUGUUUGCCGUCAUAUCAGAUGGCAGAUGUCGUCAAGGGUGCGUGACAGCAAACCGGGAUGAGAGGGAGGACAACCUGGUGACGAGUAAAGCGGGCGAGCGGAUCAAGGGAAGCAGCAGCAACAUUCAUUCUGCAGAUGAUGCCUCAACAGAAAAGACGGUGCAUCAUCCGUUCGAAAUUCGAGGACAACCUGUUGCCCUGUGUCACAACCUAGUGGAGCUUGCCUUGGAUUUAGGACAUGGCACGUUCCUUUGGGCAUUCAACGCACAAGGGUGGGCGCGGGCGUGGAUUUUACAUGGCGGGCGUGAAGAAACCUCUGGCCGUGUGAUUGUUCAACCAGAUGGAAGUUUACGACAUGUCGAUUCUAACGGCGACUUCACCAUGACUGACGACGAUCAGGUUGUUUUAACGCCAAAAAUGACGAUUGAGCCUGUCACGAAUCUGGAUGCAAUCCUGUCGAUGAAGACAGACACGAAUGUUCCAGUACCACAAGCCGGAAGAUACUAUAACCCUGCUACGAGAAUAUUAAAAUGUGACAACAGUGGAGGCAUUGUCAGUGUAGCUCUGAAUGGAAUCACAAGGGUCGACGUGGGACUUAAUUAA